AUGGCAGUGGCAGCGGGCUCUGUCGCUCUCACCGAGAUGAGGACAUGCGACACUGCAGCGUACGCAGCUUGCUCCUCCCCCUGGAAGGAGGAGGGGGGGUCGGAAUAUAUGGUGCUAGUCGAGGUUUUUGGGGCUCAUGUUUGUUGCCUGGGGGGCCCUGCCAAGCAGCUCUGUCACGCCCCGUCGUGCCUCCGCGCACGGCAGCGGACGACUUAUGUAAAGACAGCUGUUUGGCGCCCGCGCGCUCCUGCAGUGGCAGAAUGGAAAGAGGGCGGUGACGUGAUGCGGAUGGGAAUGGGGAAGAAGAGCAGGAUCGCAUAUUUGGCGAGCAUUGCUGUGCCCCUUGGCGCACAGAGUGUCUCUUGCAGCACCACCUCUUAA